CCCAAAGACAGUUCGAUCCAACAGGAUCUCGCUGUGGAGACGUUCAUUGUGAAUAUGCAUCAUUGCUGGUCAAGGAGAAAUUGCCAACUAUGAUUUCAACGAUCCUGGCUUUUCAUCCUGUUCUGAAUGUUUUCAAGGAAACACGGGUUACCACGGCGUAUCCAUGGAGGUGAAUACCAACAAGUAUGGCAGAUGGGAAAAUGGAGCCAAAAGUGGAGGCAUGAUGAUUGAAAUGGAGAAUCCCGAGUUGUUUUACGUGUAUGGCGACGAUUGUUGGAUCAUCACAGAGGCAGGGUUUGAAAAGACUCUGAACUUUAAGAGCGCAGUGGAUGAGGGCACUGUUUCCUUUGACUUCUUUAUGAAAGAUAUCGAUAUGACGGGCGAUGUCGGCACUCAGGCAGAAAUCUUUUUGUUUUGGGAUGGUGCUGGUGACACUGCUUUGGGAAGCAAUCCCCGAUAUGUGAGCAGCAUAGCUAUGGCUUCCGACUACCCACUGAAAACAUGGAAUUCCUUCAGCAAAACUUUCAGUUCAACUUCUGACACGGCCGCCACAAGCCACACAUUGACCAUUGGAAUGGACAUGCAAGCAAUGAGGUUAACUUGUGAACCCCAUGAAAGCGACAAUGGUCAGGGAAACAAAUACGUACUCCGCAUCGACAAUGUCGAAGUGACAACCAAGACAAGUAACUAGCUAGCCCGUUUUAAUAACUUAAUACAUUAGAUAAAUGAUACCGGUACG